CAUUCUUACGUUGGGUGAAAUCUUUUCGGGGGAUAAUUAGAGUUCCAAAACACAAAAAGAAAUACUUUAAAUUAUUGAAGAUUCCGAUGUGCCAAGCAAUUAAAACAACUGUAUGCAAUGUCCUCUAAUUCGUCUUUUGAGUGUAAUGUACAAGUUAAUGGAGUAUUGCAUUUUGUAUAAAUAAAUAUAUAGUGAUAAUGGCACCGAGACGAGUUGAAGAAAUACCUGUUAAAAGAGUGGCAGCAUUAGGUUGCAAAUUACCUAAUCAAUUACCAGCUGGUGAAAUACUGACAGAUAUUACUCAAAAAAAAUGGAAAUUAGGACACACAAUAGGAUAUGGUGGAUUUGGUGAUAUAUAUUUAGCAUCAAAUGACAUUAAUGCACCAAUUGAACAAGAUGCAAAAUAUGUAAUAAAAAUUGAACCACAUAAUAAUGGACCACUUUUUGUUGAAAUGAAUUUUUAUAUAAGAGCAGCUCGAAAACAUAUGAUUGAUACUUGGUGCAAGUCACAAGGAAAAAGACGAAUAGGUGUUCCAACAUAUGAAGGAUCAGGUUCUCACAUAUAUCAAGGACAGAAAUAUAGAUUCUUAGUCAUUCCAAGAUAUGGCAUUGAUAUUGGAAAAUUGUUUAUAUCAAAUGGGAAAAAAUUACCAAUUAAACUUGUUAACAGUAUUUAA